CAGAGAAGAGGGAAGUGAAAAGAUGUUAAAUACCAAGUGCAGCCUGGAUAUCUGGCUUGUCAGUCAACAUGAACACUCUCCUUUUUCUGGGCCUCCUCCUCCUUUCUGUCACUGUUCAGGGCAAGAAAUUUCAGAAGUGUGAGCUUGCCAGAACUCUGAAAAGACUUGGAUUAGAUGGCUAUAAGGGCGUCAGCCUGGCAAACUGGAUGUGUUUGGCCAGAUGGGAAAGCAAUUACAACACAUGUGCUACAAACUACAAUCAUGGAGACAAAAACACUGAUUAUGGGAUAUUUCAAAUCAAUAGCCGCUGGUGGUGUAAUGAUGGCAAAACCCCAAGAGCAGUUAACGCCUGUCGUUUACCCUGCAGCGCUUUGCUGAAAGAUGACAUCACUCAAGCUGUAGCAAGUGCAAGGAGGGAUGUCAGUGGUCCACAAGGUGUUAGAUCAUGGAUGGCGUGGAGAAACAAGUGUCAAAACCAAGAUCUCAGGAAUUAUGUUCAGGGUUGCGUAGUGUAACAGUGGAGUUUUCCCUUCAGCUCAUUUUGUCUCUUUUUGGUAUUAAGGAAGCAAUAGUUGAGUAAAAGUUUACACUACCACUCUUCAAACAAAUAAUGUUUUUACAGAAGCAGGAGCAUGUGGUCUUUCUUCUAAGAGGCUUGAUGUUUACCUCACUUGUUUAUUGUUUGAUAUUAGGUCUAUGAUAUUUUUCAGCUUGCUAACAGAACUAAUGCUGGUGAAUAUUUGUCUAAAAUCUUCAUUAUCAAAUGUAUCUUUAGUACAUUCAGUUCUUAAUCAAAGAAAUAACCCAGACUUAAUCCUGAAUGAUACAAGUAUGCUCCAGUAUUCAACAAAAAUAUAACAGAAGAAUAUCUUUAAACAAAUUGAUCUUAGGCAAAGUCCCACCUGUGUAGGCAUGUGAACCUUCAUCUGUUCAGUCAAAAGGAACAGAAUGUCAAAUGGCUAAAAAUGAAAACAGCUCAAGUUAAGAAUUUUGUCUUCAACAGUGUGGCCUUUGGUUUAAAUGUUUUAGUAGAAAUGUUGCAUUUACACAGCUUUUUAAAAAUAAACUCACAAUUUAUACAUCAGCUUAUUUUAGCCUUUGUGAAGAACUCAUUUAUGCAUCUUGCUGAUCCUGAAGGAAUAUAAAGAAGGAUUAGAUGAGCUGUUGAUUUUCCUUAGUCUUAUUAGCUUAAAUUCAUGCAUUAUGACUAAAUUCAGAGGCAGAUGAGUUUGCAAGCAUUGAAUAAAUUGCUAUUAAACAGAUGUGACUUUAUGUAUGCUUUAAAAUAAUUUCUUUUUUCAUUAAAAGCUUUGCAACUCA